AUGCAUGACCUCAUGCAUGAUCUUGCCCUAUUGGUGGCAGGAUCAUUGAUCACCACAUUAGAUGAUAAGAAGAGUAACGUUGAUGAAAAAACUCGUCAUGUAUCGUUUGUCGGUUACUAUGAAUCUUCAUUGUGUAAUGCAAGAAGGAUACGAACAUUUCUUUUUGGCGUUAAGGCUAAGAUUGAUUGCGAUGCAAUUUUUUCAAGUAACAAAUUCUUGCGUGUGUUGGAUCUACACGGGGGAGAUCUUCACCUUCUGCCAAGCUCUAUUGGGAAGUUGAAGCAUUUAAGAUAUCUUGAUCUUUCUUGGAACUUCAAACUUGAGAAGCUGCCUAAUUCUAUAACCAGGUUGCAAAAUUUGCAAACACUAAGACUCUCCAAUUGUGUGUCACUCAAAGAAUUGCCGAGAGGCAUUAAAAGGUUAGUCAACCUCAGGCAUCUGGAGAUAGAAGAAUGUUAUGAUUUGACUUAUAUGCCACGUGGAUUGGGGCAACUAACAAAUCUUCAGACGUUAUCAAGUUUUGUGGUCCCCUCAGGUUCUCACUCCAGGCGUAGCAGUGGUUUACAGGAACUAAACGGACUAAAUAAGCUGAGAGGAGAGUUAGUGAUUUUCGGUUUGAGACAUCGGAAAGGCGUUGCGUCAGAAUAUAAAGCUGCAAAUCUAAAGGAGAAACAACAUCUUCAUGCUUUGGGUUUAUGCUGGGUUGAUGAAGAAGAUGUCAAUGAUUUAGACGUUGCUACUGAUGAAGCAUCAUUGGAAGGCUUCCAACCACACCCAAAUCUGAAACAACUUCAUUUAUUAUAUUACUGGGGUUCAAGGCUUUCGAGUUGGCUUUUGUUAAUGACCAAUCUUGUUAGAUUUGAAUUAUGGAUGUGUAAGAAAUGUCAAUACCUGCCACCAUUGAGUCAACUGCCUUCUCUCAAGUUUCUUAGUCUUAAAAAUAUGGAGGCUAUGCAGUACAUAUCAAACAGUGAUGAUGGCAAUGAGUUUUCUUCUUCUUCAUCGGCGCUAGUACCAUUUUUUCCAUCCCUUAAGGAAAUCCAACUCCGUGAUUGCCCUAAUCUCAAGGGGUGGUGGAGGAGGGGGGAUUCUUCUGUGGAGGUGAAUAGUGAUAAUUUCGUUGAAAUAACAACGGUAACAUCGUUGACAAAGCAUUGUUUACUCCCUUCAUUUCCUUGUCUUUCAAUAUUAUCCUUAAAGAAUUGCCCUACGUUGACUUCCAUGCCAAUGUUUCCACAUCUUGAAAGAGAGUUGGAUCUGGACAAUGCUAGCUCGAAGCCGUUGCAACAGACAAUGAUGAUGAAUACGGCAGCAUCGCAAAGCUCAACGUCAACAUCAACAACCUCCUUUUCAUCCACUCCUCUCUCGAAAUUGAAGUAUCUACAACUGAGUUCCAUUGCGGAUCUAGAAACUCUGUCGUUGCAGAACCUCACUUCUCUCGAGUCUUUAAAGAUAUCCAAUUGCCAUAGAUUAAAGUCUCUCUCCCCAGGUAUACAACAUCUCAUUGCCCUUCAAGUCCUGAAUCUUGAGGAUUGUCUUGAGCUUGAGCUAGCCAAAGAUGAGGAUUGGAUGCAGUGGCAAGGUCUUACGAGCCUCCUCUCUCUUCGUUUCUCAAGCCUUCCAAAAUUGGUGUCUCUCCCCUUGGGGCUUCAACAUGCUACCACUCUACAAAAGCUCAAGAUUUCAGAUUGUGUAAGCUUGACGGCUAUUCCAGAGUGGAUCCACAAUUGCAAAUCACUUCAAGUGCUUGAAAUUCGUAGAUGCUUGAGUUUGGCAUCACUACCUGAAGCGAUGCUUAGGCUAACGUCUUUGCAGAGGCUACAAAUUAUUUAUUGUCCCAUCUUAUUGCCAAGAUGCGAGAGAGAGACAGGUGAGGAUUGGGUUAAGAUUGCUCACAUUCCAGAGUUAGACUUACGGUAUCUGCCUCGAUAGAGAGAAAAUUCAAGCACCAUGCAUGCUCAACUGAUUCAGGACCCAGUCGAUAUGCCAUUGGUCCCACGACUUUGUCGGAACUGCUCUCAUCAAGAUCUUUUCCCACCCCUACACAACGGUGUGUGAGUUGCACUGUCAAGGAGGACUGGACUGGACGCUGACAAGUGUGACGAAACCCAAAUUGGCCCCUACACGAGAAUUGGUAUUCAAUCAUUUGGUUUUCGGUCUUGUUUCUCAGCUUUUUUUUUCCUUUGAGCGAAGAAAAGAUGGGAUGGUUGUUGUUCUUAUUGAUAAUGCUGUAGAUGCCAAAUGAAAGAGGUGUAGGAGAGCGAGAGGAUGGCUUACACUGCUGGGUUCUUUGAGCUUGAGCCUUGCUCGAUAAGGUUCUGUUUCUUUUUUUUUUUUCUUUUUCUUUUUUUGUUGUUGUUUCCUAUUAUUACUACUACUAGUAUUUAAUUUUUUUGUACUCGUCUUUCAUUUUUUUAUAUGUAAAUAUUUAUUUGGUUGGGUUUCUA